CCAAUCCGAAAUCCCGCGGAGGCAGUGUUGGAGAGACUCGGCGAGAGUGAAUAGUUCUUGUGAAGUCUGUGACGAUCAACGAAAAGGCAAUUUUUAUCACGAAAUCCAUGUUGCCGUAAUUUAAUUUAUUAUAAAGUUCGUGUUUAUCCCUUUAUUGAUACUGUGAAGUCCGGCAACCAUGGCGCACUGUAUACGAGUUUUGCAUGGCCAGGGUAGCAGGACAAGGGCGGUGCUCUUGGAGAUCCAGCAGAGAUGCUUCAGCGUGUCCCCCCUCACCGCUGCGGCGGCUCAGGUUGCUAUGUCGAAGCUCGACAAGAACCCGCUGCCGUACGACAAGUUAAGCAAGAAUUUGGAAGUUGUGAAGAAGAGGUUAGGUCGCGACAUGACCUUGUCCGAAAAAGUUCUGUACUCCCACUUGGAUGACCCUAAAGGACAGGAUAUUGAGCGCGGUACCAGCUACCUGCGCCUGCGCCCCGACCGUGUCGCCAUGCAGGAUGCCACCGCGCAGAUGGCUAUGCUGCAGUUCAUCUCCUCUGGCCUGCCCCGCGUCGCCGUGCCCUCCACCAUCCACUGCGACCACUUGAUUGAGGCCCAGAUUGGAGGCGACAAGGAUUUGGCUAGAGCUAAGGACUUGAACAAGGAAGUCUACAAGUUCUUGGAGACCGCUGGUGCUAAAUACGGCGUCGGUUUCUGGAAGCCGGGCUCCGGUAUUAUCCAUCAGAUCAUCCUGGAAAACUACGCCUUCCCCGGACUCCUGAUGAUCGGAACUGACUCCCACACCCCCAACGGUGGAGGUCUCGGUGGUCUUUGCAUUGGUGUCGGUGGUGCUGACGCCGUCGACGUAAUGGCCAACAUCCCCUGGGAACUGAAGUGCCCCAAGGUCAUCGGUGUCAAGCUCACCGGUAAGCUGAAGGGCUGGACCAGUCCCAAGGACGUCAUCCUGAAGGUAGCCGGCAUCCUGACCGUCAAGGGAGGCACCGGCGCCAUCGUGGAGUACCACGGCCCUGGCGUCGACUCCAUCUCCUGUACCGGAAUGGCCACCAUCUGCAAUAUGGGUGCUGAGAUCGGAGCCACCACCAGUGUGUUCCCCUACAACUCUCGUAUGGAGGCCUACCUGAAGUCGACAGGCCGCCACGACAUCGCCGCGACCGCCAACUCCUACAAGCACCUGCUCACACCUGACGCGAAGGCACCUUAUGACCAGCUCAUCGAAAUCGACCUGUCCACCUUGGAACCUCACGUCAACGGUCCGUUCACCCCUGAUCUAGCCAACCCGAUCUCCAAGCUCGGAGACAUCGCCAAGAAGAACGACUGGCCCGUCGACAUCCGCGUCGGUCUCAUCGGAUCCUGCACCAACUCCUCAUACGAAGACAUGGGCCGCUGCGCCAGUAUUGUUAAAGAAGCAUUGAAGCACGGCGUAAAGUCCAAGAUUCCCUUCAACGUGACUCCCGGAUCUGAGCAAGUGCGCGCCACCAUCGAGCGUGACGGCAUCGCCCAGACCCUGCGCGACUUCGGCGGCACUGUACUGGCUAACGCUUGCGGCCCCUGCAUCGGUCAGUGGGACCGUAAGGACGUGAAGAAGGGCGAGAAGAACACCAUCGUGACGUCAUACAACAGGAACUUCACCGGACGUAACGACGCCAACCCCGCCACCCACUGCUUCGUCACCAGCCCCGAGCUCGUCACCGCUCUGUCUCUGGCUGGUCGUCUGGACUUCAACCCGUUGACUGACUGCCUGACCGGCAGCGACGGCAAGAAGUUCAAGCUGUCAGACCCGUUCGCGGACGAGCUGCCCGCUAAAGGAUUCGACCCCGGCCAGGACACCUACCAGCACCCACCCAGCGAUGGUUCCAAGGUGCAGGUUGACGUAGCCCCGACCUCAGACCGUCUGCAGCUGCUGUCGCCCUUCGACAAGUGGGACGGCAAGGACCUGACCGACCUCACCAUCCUCAUCAAGGUCAAGGGCAAGUGCACCACUGACCACAUCUCCGCCGCCGGACCCUGGCUCAAGUACAGAGGACAUCUCGACAACAUCUCCAACAACAUGUUCAUCACCGCCACUAACGCCGAGAACGGCGAGCUGAACAAGGUGCGCAACCAGCAGACGGGCGAGUGGGGCGCCGUCCCGGCCACGGCGCGCGCCUACAAGGCGGCCGGCGUGCGCUGGUGCGUCGUGGGCGACGAGAACUACGGCGAGGGCUCCAGCCGCGAGCACGCCGCGCUCGAGCCGCGCCAUCUGGGGGGACGCGCCAUCAUCGUCAAGUCCUUCGCUAGGAUUCACGAGACCAACCUGAAGAAGCAGGGUAUGCUGCCCAUGACGUUCGCGAACCCCGCCGACUACGACAAAAUCAAGCCCGACGACAAGAUCUCACUGCUCGGACUCAAGGACCUCGCGCCUGGCAAGCAAGUCGACUGUGAGAUCAAGCACAAAGACGGCAAGACCGAAUGCAUCAAGCUCAACCACUCAUUGAACGAACAACAGAUCACCUGGUUCAGGGCCGGCUCCGCACUCAACAGGAUGAAGGAAAUCGCAUCAAAGAAGUGAACUACCACUUCCCCUAGCUAAUAACCACUUGCACUGGACGCCUAACCCUUCGAGUAGGGUAAUUUUAGAAGUGUAGCAACACUGAGACAAAUUUAAAAAUAAAUCACACGUUCUGCGUUCGUGUAAAAUUAACAGCGUGUAGCGGCUGUGUUCAUAUGGAUUAGUACCACCGCUGUAGAUAGUGUAAACUUGUGAUCGUAUCAAUUACGAAAGAGUAUUAUUUACUCAAAUCUAUGAAAUGAAUUAUUGAUAUGCAAUUCAUGAAUGUGAUGUUAAGGGAUCACUAUUGCCUUUAUGCCCGGUGCAAGCAAGCUGUUACCAUAUAUUUGGACAUGUACGAUUAGCGCAUUUCUCAUUAUUCGGACAAUAUUUAGUCACGGCGGUGAUGAAUCUUAAAACUUAGCUGUAGUACAAAACUUAGAUGAAGUUAGAAUAAGUUCAACAUCAUUUUUGUCUUCAGUCGAACAUCCAUUCAAACGAUGUUUUUUUUUCUUAUUAAUUAAUGUAAAUAUUUACACAUAUUCGAGAAAUAUACGUUACUUAUUAUGUUA